ACACAUAAAAAAUAUUUGCAAGCACCUUCAUUGAGAUGAGAGCAAAGCUGUGGUUUUGGUUUACAAAAGUGGGAGGAGUCAACUUAGUUCCUCUUCUUCAAGCAGUCAUAGCUCAGGUGCAGCAUUUUCCAGACAAGAAAUUUUAAUGAUGGAGCUUAGAUUAGACUUUAAUUCAACAUCUAACAGCACUGCUGUGGGUUCAAAGCAGAUCGCUCCUGCUGUAGUUCUGGGUUUGUGCUGUUUGGUGGGUUUGCCAAGCAACAUCGCAGUAAUCAUCAGCAUUGCUCGUGAGUGGAACAAACAUUUGAACUUUACCUUAAAUCUAAUGGUAAACCUUGCUGUCUCUGAUGCUUUGACACUUUGCUUGGCUCCUGUGGUGCUGUGUGGAAUACUGUUUGGAUGGAAACUCGGCCUUUGGUCUUGUAGGAUCUUGUUCUUCUUGGGUCACUGGAGUCUGUAUGUUGGUGUCCUGACGGUCACCUCCAUGAGUGUGCACCGCUAUCACAAUGUCAUCAAGUCCAGAGUCACUAACAGGAUGAUACUGCACAGACUGGAGAGACGGCACAGGCGCCUUCAGCUGAUUGCCAUCUGGAUUCUAGCCUUUGUUUUUGCCCUACCGAUAUUUUUCACUCAAGAACUCAAAGACAAGGAUGGAUUGCAGAGAUGUCAGAGGGCAAUGGAGUCACAGUCUGUAGUAGUGACUGUUGUGCUUCUUGAGAUCCUGUUGGGGUUCAUCAUCCCAUUUUUGAUCAUGUUAACAUGUUAUCUCUGGUUGCACAAAGGUUUGAGAGAAAAAGCCAAGAGCUCCAAUCUAACUAGAGCUCCACAGAACCAGGAUCCCAGAAAUCAGGGGUCAAAGGUUAGGACUUACAAGAAGAGACUUGUGGUCAGCAUCGUUGUGGCUUUCUUUCUGUUUUGGACUCCUGUGCACAUCAUCAAUGUGAUUGAUAUAGUUACUAUUCUGACUAAAACUUCUCAUCCAGAUGUUCAUUCCCAACUGAAGUCCUUCCGUAGAGUUUAUGGUGAUUCAAGCAAGACUCUGGCUUUGGUAAACUGCUGUCUGAAUCCUUUUCUCUAUGCUGUCUCUUCAGGAAAUAUUCUAAAAUGUUUCAGAAAGAAAUAAUUCCUUUCUGAUUGGAUAAUUUACUUCUAGUCAAAUAUAUAUUUUAAAGACUCCCUAGUUCCUCAUUGCUGUUCUUGUGUGGUUUGCAGUAGAUUAACACAUGCUGUUGAUGGAGCAGCAAUAUUCAACAUUCAUUUGACUGCAUUUCAUGCAUGCACGCAUUCAUUCAUACAUACUGUCACAUGUAUCCACAUGAAUAAAGUAUAGCAUUGUAAAUAAUCACAUAUUUAUUGGAUUGCUAUAAAUAUUAUAUUUAUUGAGGCAUUCAAAACAGGGUUGCUGUUUUUGAGAUUGGUUGUAGUCUUUGGUAACAGUCUUGAAUUAGUCCAGAUAAUUUGUCAGGUUUUCCAAACUUUCCCAACUGAAGUCCUUCCGUAGAGUUUGUGGUGAUACAAGCAAGACUCUGGCUUUGGUAAACUGCUGUCUGAAUCCUUUUCUCUAUGCUGUCUCUUCAAGAAAUAGUUUAAAAUGUAUCAGAAAGAAAUAAUUCCUUUCUGAUUGGAUAAUUUACUUUCAGGCAAAUAUAUGCUUCAGUGACUCCCUGGUUCAUUCAUCUGACUGCAUUUCAUACAUGCAUUCAUUCAUUCAUACAUACAUACUGUCAUAUCAACAUGAAUAAAGUAUAACAUUGCAAAUAAUCAUAAAUUUAUGUGAUUGCUGUAAAUAUUGAUUAAAACAUUCAUAACAGUGUUUCCGUUUUUAAGAUUGUUUGUAAUCUUUGGUAACAGUCUAGAAGAACUCAGUGUUUUUAACUGCUAAUUUAAUUUAAUUUCCAAACUUGCAUUCUUG